CGAUGAGAACCAUUCUGAUGGCUCCUUUCUUUCUUUAUUCUUCUUUUUACUAAGGAUUGGUUUAUUUUAUGCUGUCACGAUCGUACAUGUGAUAUGAUUUCAUAGAAGAAAGACGACGUAUUAUUCAUAACGUGCUCCCCUUUCUCGUAUCGCCGACUAAGGCUCGGGGGUCUCUGUCUCACACCGAUUUGUUCGUCACAACACCAGAUACUCAUCACAGCAUCACUCUCACAUUAUAUCAUUCACGAUGGCUUCAAUACCCGAUCCCGAAAAGGGAGAGGGCUCCCCAUCAUCCUCCCCUCCGUCUAUUCGUUCCUCCAACGACACCAUUACCACAGCGCAAUCAGAAGAACAAGACAUUAGCCACGAAAAGAAAACGAUCCGCAAUCAAACCCUCGAGGAUGAAUCUGAGCCUCAUCAUGACGCCCUUGUCCCAACCGUCAGCUUAGCAACGGCAGCGCAGCCCAUAAGCGACGCAACCGGGCAAGAAGCUGGCCGCUCCAGAUCCCGUGCUUCAACUACUCGAUCCAAGACUCUCAAUGUCGUUCCUCGCUCUCAGCGCCGUGGGCUUUUGGGCCGUCUCGCCGUUGUUCCUGAGGUUGACCGUCCCUAUGAUUACAAGAACUCGACGAAAUGGGGCAUCACCUUGACUAUUGCUCUCGCAACUGCUGCUGCUCCUCUCGGCUCCUCCAUCUUUUACCCUGCUCUUCCCGAAAUGACCAAAAGUCUCAACACCACCGAAGACAUUGCCAACCUCUCCGUCGCCCUAUACAUGAUCUCCAUGUCCAUCUUCCCCCUCUGGUGGUCGUCCUUUUCGGAGCAAUUCGGCCGCCGCUCCAUCUACAUCAUCUCCUUCGCCCUCUUCCUCAUCUUCGCCAUCCUCUCCGCAGUCUCCACCAACAUCGCCAUGCUCAUCGUCUUCCGCAUCUUCACUGGUGGAGCUUCCGCCUCCGUCCAGGCGGUUGGCGCCGGCACCAUUGCCGACAUCUGGGAGUCUCAUGAGCGAGGCCGUGCCAUGAGCAUGUUUUACCUCGGACCGCUGCUUGCGCCCCUGAUUGCGCCCAUCGUGGGAGGAGCUUUGGCUCAGGGAUUCGGAUGGAAAUCUACCAUGUGGUUUCUUGCAAUUUACGGGUUCAUCAUCUUGGCCAUGUUGAUCUUCUUCUUACCCGAGACGCUGGCGCGAAAGAAGGCUGAGGAACCCGUUGAAGAACCUGCCCCUGAAUCGAUUCGUCGCAUGACAACCGCCGAGUCCGCCAAGGUUCAGACCAGGAAACUCGCUGCAAGUGCCAAACGAGUAUUCAUUGAUCCCCUUAGUGUACUCCUCUUCCUCCGCUUCCCCCCAGUCUUCAUCACCGUCUUCACCGCUGCGAUUGCCUUUGGCGCGCUCUUCAUCUCCAACAUUUCCAUCCAGCAAAAGUUCUCACAACCCCCUUACAACUACAGCGAGAUUAUCGUCGGGCUGCUCUAUCUCCCCGCGGGCCUGGGCUACUUUAUCGCCUCCCUCUUUGGAGGCAGAUGGAUCGACAAGAUUAUGGCCAGACAGGCCAUUAAGGCAAAUCGAUACGACGAAAAUGGCAAGCUCAUCCUCUUACCUGAGGAUCGCUUCAGGGAGAACAUGUGGCUGGCGAAUACCAUGUACCCUAUUGGAUUGCUGAUUUACGGAUGGACGCUCAACUAUGGUGUCAUUUUCAUUGUCCCUGCCAUCGGCAGCUUCAUCUUUGGCGCGUCAUCCAUGCUUGUCUUUUCUGCUGCCACCACCAUGCUCACAGAAUUCGUACGCAAGAAGAGCUCUGCUGGUGUUGCCGUCAACAAUUUCGUUCGCAAUAUUCUCAGCUGUGUCGGCGUCAUCGUCGCGGCGCCCUGGAUUAACGCUAUCGGUGUAGGCUGGGUAUUUACCACCGUGGCUUUGUUUUGUAUGGUUGCCGGUUAUAUUGGCAUUUGGACGUUAAGGAGGAAUGCGCCUCGGUGGAGGAAGGAGAUGGACGAGGCGUUGAAGAAGAUAUAA